AUGGUCCAGAGGCUGUGGGCAAGCCGCCUGCUGCGGCAUCGGAAGGCCCAGCUCCUGCUGGUCAACCUGCUGACCUUCGGCCUGGAGGUGUGCCUGGCAGCGGGGAUCACCUACGUGCCACCCCUGCUGCUGGAAGUGGGGGUGGAGGAGAAGUUCAUGACCAUGGUGCUGGGCAUCGGUCCGGUGCUGGGUCUGGUCUCGGUCCCGCUGCUUGGCUCAGCCAGUGACCACUGGCGCGGGCGCUACGGCCGCCGGAGGCCCUUCAUCUGGGCCCUGUCCCUGGGCGUUCUGCUGAGCCUCUUCCUCAUCCCGAGGGCCAGCCGGCUGGCGGGGCUGCUGUGCCCGGACACCAGGCCGCUGGAGCUGGCGCUGCUGAUCCUGGGCGUGGGGCUGCUGGCCUUCUGUGGCCAGCUGUGCUUCACGCCCCUGGAGGCCCUGCUCUCCGACCUCUUCCGGGACCCGGACCACUGUCGCCAGGCCUUCUCCGUCUACGCCUUCAUGAUCGGCCUCGGGGGCUGCCUGGGCUACCUCCUGCCUGCCAUCGACUGGGACGCCAGCGCCCUGGCGCCCUACCUGGGCACCCAGGAGGAGUGCCUCUUUGGGCUGCUCGCUCUCAUCUUCCUCACCUGCGUGGCGGCCACGGCGUUCGUGGCCGAGGAGGCGGCCCUGGGCCCGGCUGAGCCUGCGGAAGGGCUCUCCACCCCCUCGGUGCUGCCCUGCUGCCCGGGCCGCGCCCGCCUGGCCCUGCGGAGCCUGGGCGCCCUCUGUCCUCGGCUGCGCCGGCUCUGUUGCCGCAUGCCCUGCGCCCUGCGCCGGCUCUUCGUGGCAGAGCUGUGCAGCUGGAUGGCGUUCAUGACGUUCACGUUAUUUUACACAGACUUCGUGGGCGAGGGGCUGUACCAGGGCGUGCCCGGGGCUGAGCCAGGCACGGAGGCCCGCAGACACUAUGACGAAGGGGUCCGGAUGGGCAGCCUGGGGCUGUUCCUGCAGUGUGCCAUCUCCCUGCUCUUCUCCCUGGUCAUGGACCGGCUGGUGCAGCGGUUCGGCACCCGGGCAGUCUACUUGGCCAGCGUGGUGGCCUUCCCCGUGGCGGCCGGUGCCACAUGCCUGUCCCGCAGCGUGGCGGUGGUGACCGCCUCGGCUGCCCUCACCGGCGUCACCUUCUCUGCCCUGCAGAUCCUGCCUUACACGCUUGCCUCCCUCUACCACCGCGAGAAGCAGGUUUUCCUGCCCAAGUACCGAGGAGACGACGGAGGUGGUGCCAGCGAGGACGUCGUGAUGACCAGCUUCUUGCCUAGCCCCAAGGCCACAUCCCCCUCCCCCCACGGACACGGGGGGCCUGGCGGCCUGCUGCCAGCCCCACCCGCUCUCUGCGGGGCCUCUCCCUGUGACGGCUCCGUGCGCACCACGGUGGCUGAGCCGCCCGAGGCCAGGGCGGUCCCGGGCCGUGGCAUCUGCCUAGACCUGGCCAUUCUGGACAGCGCCUUCCUGCUGUCUCAGGUGGCCCCGUCUCUGUUUAUGGGCUUCAUCGUUCAGCUCAGCCAGUCCGUCACUGCCUACAUGGUCUCAGCGGCAGGCCUGGGUCUGGUUGCCAUUUACUUUGUCACGCAGGUAGUAUUUGACAAGAGUGACUUGGCCAAAUACUCUGUGUAG